AUGGCUGCCCUCUAUGGGGGCGUGGAGGGGGGAGGCACACACUCCAAAGUCCUUUUACUCUCCGAGGAUGGGCAGAUCCUGGCAGAAGCCGACGGCCUGAGCAUAAACCACUGGCUGAUCGGGGUAGACAAUUGUGCGGAGAGGAUCAAUGAAUUGGUGAACAAGGCCAAGCAAAAGGCAGAAAUGGACCCCGAGGUGCCGCUGCGCAGUCUGGGCCUGGCCCUGGCAGGCGGGAGGCGGGAAGACACCUCGGAGAUGCUGGUGGAGAAGCUGCGGAGCCAAUUCCCUCAACUGAGUGAAAACUACCUUAUCACCACUGACGCCUCCGGCUCCAUCGCCACCGCUGUGCCGCACGGUGGGGUCGUGCUCGUCUCCGGGACAGGUUCCAACUGCAGACUGGUCAACCCCGAUGGCUCCGAGAGCGGCUGCGGGGGGUGGGGCCACAUGAUUGGAGAUGAGGGCUCAGCCUACUGGGUGGCUCACCAAGGAAUGAAAACCGUGUUUGAUGCUGUGGACAACCUAAAGACGGCUCCCCAUGGCAUUGCUUAUGUCAAAAAGGCCAUGUUAAGCUAUUUCCAAGUGCAAGAUCAGGUAGGAAUCCUCACCUACCUGUAUAGGGACUUUGAUAAAGGCAAGAUCGCUGGGUUUUGCCGCACCAUUGCAGAAGGUGCUCAACAGGGCGACUCGCUUUGCCAGCACAUCUUCCGGAAGGCUGGGGAGAUUCUGGCCAGACACAUCGUGGCUGUGUUACCUAAGAUUGACCCGCUCUUGUUCCAAGGACAAAUGGGACUCCCCAUUGUGUGUGUGGGCUCCAUGUGGAAGAGCUGGGAGCUGCUGAAGGAAGGGUUUCUCACUGUGUUGACCCAAGGCAGAGAGAGCCAGGCUCACAACACCUUCCCCAGCUUUACCUUGAUGAAGCUAAAGCAGUCAUCGGCCCUGGGUGGGGCCAGCUUAGGUGCCAAGCACGUCGGGCACCUCCUCCCCUUGGACUACAAGGCCAAUGCCACCCCGUUCUACUUCCACACCUUCUCCUUUGGAAUUGGGCCCUGCUUCCCCCCCUCUAAUACCCAUAGACACCGGUUGCCGCAAAGGGGGUUCUUUCUUAAUUUUUUCUUAAGCAGAAAAAAAGCACCGAGAGAAGAAAAUAAUGACAAUUGA